UGCAAGCGGCACUCUUGCAAAAGCGCGCUCAGGCUUGCAUCAUAAUAACUGUGGAAAAUAGCAUAACACUUCCCAUCGCCGGCGAUACGCGUCGCAACCUCUGAGUGACCUCUAUGUGACAACUGAGGACAUGCCUGCCCGCUGCACCGCAGCAGCACUGCUGGCGCUCAGUGCCAGCCUGCAGCCGCCCGUCCCACGCCGCACGCAUCUAAAAAGGCACGCAUCGACUGACGACGCGGCGCUGCUGGACGCAUAUAGAGCGGAGAUCGCCCCGGACGCGGCCGACGACUGGUGGCGGGAGUUCGUCGCCGCGACGGAGCGGCCGCCGCGGCCGGCGGUGCGCUGCGUCGACGCCGCGGCCGCCGCGGCGCUGCGCGCCUCCACGGAGUGCGAGGAGAUCCCCUGGGCGCCCGGCCGCGGCUACUGGUUAAAUGAAGAACCGAGCAAGCGCGUGGCGCACGUCGCGGGCGACUAUUAUGUGCAGGAGGCCGCCGCGAUGGUCGCCGUCGCGGCGCUGCUGCGGGGCGAAGACUUGCGGAGGCGCGUCGUCGCCGUCGACGCCUGCGCGGCGCCCGGCGGCAAAACCGUUCAACUGGCGACGGCGCUGCGCGACGCGGGCGCGGACGCGGUCGUCGUGGCGAACGAGCCGUCGUCGAGCCGGUUGGGGGCCCUCGUCGCGAAUGCGGUCCGGUGUGGCGUGGGCCCCUGUGUGGAAUCAACCAGUGUGUCGGGUGGAGGUCGACGCGGCGAUUCAGGACGAACGCGCCGUAAAUUUGAUUUCUACACAGGUGGGCCCGUGGCUGCGGUGCACGCGGACGACCGGCCAGAAACUCUUCGCGGCGCUGCCUCGGGAAUGCGCCGAUUUCAUACUGCUCGACGCGCCGUGCUCGGGCGACACGCUCGCGCGGCGGGAAGGGCGGGGCCUCGCGAAGCACCUGCGGGGCCAACCCGACGCCGCCUCGAUGAAGGAGAUCGUCGCGACCUGUGUGGAAAUCAACCAGUGAGUUAGGUUAUCCUGAGAAAUGUUGCGUGGACCUUCGUGAGCCUCCACGCCAUCGAGCCGACGCGAUCACGGCGACAACGUCGCGUCGAUGGCCUGGAAACUCCACGCCAUCGAGCAGACGCAGCUACGGAGACAACAUCGCGUCGAAGGCGUGGGGCGCCCGAAAUUUGAUUUCCACACAGGUCGCGACGCAGCUUGAAAUAGUGCGGGCCGCCUGGCCCUGCUUGCGGCCGGGCGGCGCGCUCGUCUACGCGACCUGCUCGCUGCGGCCGCGCGAGGACGAAGACAUCGUAGAUCAGGUCCUGAAAGAAUUCGGCGACGCCGAGCUCGAGGACCUCUCGGGCCUCGCCGCGGGCGGCGACGCGACGCUGCGCCUCUGGCCGCAGACGCACGACAGCGCCGGCUUUUUCGCGGCGAAGCUGCGCAAGGCCGGCGACGGCGGCGGCGCGGCCGUCGCGACCGACGCGGACGAGGACGUCGCCGACGCGGCGCGGGACUACCUGCGGGACGCCUGGGGCGUGACGUCCCUCGUGGGACCGGCGUCAUCACGACUCGUGGGCCGCGGCGCGAACCUCUGGCUCGCGCCGGCCGCGCCGCCCCUCGCAAAAAACCUCCGGUACGAGCGCGCGGGCGCGAAGCUCGUCGAGGCCCUCAAGGUCCGCGGCAAGGCCGUGCCCCUCGGGCAGGCGCUCCGGUCGGGCCGUGUGCGCGCGACGCACGAGUUCGCGACGACGCUCGGCGGCGCCGUCGACGGCGCGCGGCGGGCGUCGCUCGACGACGCGUCGGCGCUGGCGUACCUGCGGGGCGACGACGUCGACGCGGCCCCGCCGUCCGGGGAGCCCGGGGACCAGUGCCUCGUGGCGCACGGCGGGCGCGUUCUCGGGCUCGCCAAGGUGUUGAAGGGCGGCCGCCUGAAGAACCAGCUCCCGCGCGAGUGCGUCCGGCGGGACCUCGCGUUUUAGCGUUUGUUUUGUAAGUUGUUGCUGAUCUA